UAAUUGCACGGGGAAUUGCAAUUUUCCGUGUUGUGCAGUGACACGAUUUUUUAAAAUCAGACACGACAUUUAUCCUUCAAACUAUAAUAACAUUAAACAUCAAUUCAAAUUUACUUAAUUGUUUAAGCAAGUUUAAAAAUACUUCGAAAAAUAGUCUAAAGAUCGAUACUUAACAAUCGAUUACGUUAGAUUUGUUUUCAUUUCAAUGCUGAUUUACUAACGUUUAAACAAUAAAAAAUACUACAAAGUUACACUUUCAUCACAAUAAACUAAAAAACCGAAUUUUGCUUUGAAUAUUUCAAUCAUUUUUCAAUAAAGUUUAAUCAAAUGCUAACCUCGCCCGUUUACUUGGCAACGUUCGAGCUAUACUUCAUUUCUUUAGCAUAGGCUGCGUUGCCUGAGAGUGGUCUUGUUCUCUUGUUUUUCACGCAUAGCUCCAAAAUGACGGCGACCACUGAGCAGGUGAAGAGGGACAAGUCCAAGAACCAGAUGCGCGAAUUGCGUAUCCGAAAACUUUGUCUGAACAUUUGUGUUGGUGAAUCUGGUGACAGAUUGACCAGGGCCGCCAAGGUGUUGGAACAGUUAACUGGUCAACAGCCAGUUUUCUCCAAAGCUCGUUAUACCGUGCGUUCGUUCGGUAUCCGUCGUAAUGAAAAGAUUGCUGUCCACUGCACUGUUCGUGGAGCCAAGGCUGAGGAGAUCCUCGAAAGAGGAUUGAAAGUCAGGGAAUACGAGUUAAGGAAAGAGAACUUCAGUGAUACUGGAAACUUUGGUUUUGGUAUUCAAGAACACAUUGAUCUUGGUAUCAAGUACGACCCUUCCAUUGGUAUCUACGGCCUUGACUUCUAUGUUGUCUUGGGACGCCCAGGCUUCAGUGUAGCCGAACGUCGUCGCAAGACCGGCAAAGUUGGAUUCCAGCACCGGUUGAAGCGCGAAGAUGCCAUGAAAUGGUUCCAGCAGAAGUACGACGGUAUCAUCCUCCCCACAAAGAAGGCAUGAGCAUUGUGUGUACUUCGUUCUGUUGCAAAAUACACCGUUUUGCGAAAUCCA